AAAAUGAUGGUGAUGAUAACAACUAUAUCACUAUAUCAGCAACUAUAAAUCUAUAAUAAUAAUAAUAAUAAUAAUAAUAAUAAUAAUAAUGUCGCCCUUUCCAGGUGACCUAGAGGCUAAGAGUCUAAGACAAUAAUCGAAUACUCUAAAUCUCUUGUUUGUCAAACUUUGUCCGAAUAUCAAACAUAAAAAAAUUGUACUCCAAAAUAGACGGGGAACCAACUAAAGUUCCUUACUCUUACUCCAUUCCCUACCCACUUUGUUUGAAUGAUCAACAUUUUCUUCAACAUCAAAAUCAAAUGGGAAAGAGUCAUAGAGGAUAGCCAUUACCGUUAAAAUGUUGUUAAGGUACAACUGUGCACCUGAGCUCAAGCUCAUCGUUACCGCCCUCCUCUUCUUCUGCGCCGUUGCCACCCUUUUUCAAUUCCUACCCACCCGAUUUUCUCCCUUCUCCACCUAUGUCACACUCUGCCCCACCACCUCCAACGUCGCCACUGCCACCACUUCACCAUCACCCCAACAACCCUUAGAUCAUGUCCUCGAAAACGGUGUUAUAAAACGAUCAUUUUACCCUGUCGGUACAGCUGCGUACAACUUUAUCUUUAUGUCAGCCUACCGCGGUGGUCCUAACUCCUUUGUCGUGUUAGGACUCUCCUCGAAACCCCUUCAGAAAUACGGUAAUCCAGCAUACACUUGUGAAUACCAAUACAAUGAUGGCUCUGUUAUUAUUGUUCCAGGUAAUAAGCUUCCUCUCGAUGACUUUGGUUACGGUCGAACGUACGUACUAGUAGUCGUGAACUGUACAUUCCCUUCAGACACCGACCCUUCUACAGGUGGCCGUCUUCUCUUCCAUGCCUCAACAAACGGUGGCUAUGAUCGUGUUGUUAACUCAACCGACACGAUCAUAGCCUUAAACGAACCUCCUAACUCAUGGCAACCUUCUCAAUUCUCCUCUGUUCCAAAAUAUGACUACCUCUACUGCGGAAGCUCAUUGUUCGGCGACCUCAGUCCUCAGAGAAUACGGGAGUGGAUCGCUUACCACGUGAGAUUGUUCGGUACGAAAUCCCAUUUCGUGUUCUAUAAUGCAGGGGGUAUCCACCCUGAAGUAAUGAACGUGCUACAACCAUGGAUUGAACUCGGGUUUGUUACCGUGCACGAUGUUAAAGAACAAGAGAGAUUCGAUACGUUUUAUCACAAUCAGAUUCUUGUUCUGAAUGACUGUUUGCAUAGACAUCGUUUCGCUACGAAAUGGAUGUUCUUCUUUGAUGUUGAUGAGUAUAUUUAUUUAUCAGGGAAUUCGUCUCUUGAUUCGAUCAUGGAGUUGCUCAACGAUUAUACUAUGUUCAAUUUUGAACAGGUUUCUAUGUCUGAUCGACUGUGCCUUACUGAAGAUGCUGGCCAAUUUCAUAGGAGAUGGGGUUUUGAGAAGUUGGUGUACAAAAAUGUGAAAGAAAUGAGGAGAGACCAAAAGUACGCAAUACAACCAAAGAAUGUAUAUGCAACAGGGGUUCACAGGUCAGAAAACUUUGAUGGCAGCUUCACUUGGUUGCCCAGCGAGAUGAUGAAGUAUUUCCACUACCAUGGCACGGUUGCUGAACGACGUGAACCGUGCCGACAACUCAUUAAAGACAAUUCUACAACCAUUGAAGACACCCCAUAUGUUAGUGACACUGCCAUGAGAUUGAUUGCCCCUUUGAUUAAGAAGUUUGAGCUUGACGCCAUUGGUUCUAGGCUUAUAUCAACUAGGCUUUGAUAAAUCGCUUGCUAGUGUUUCAUAAUGACAAGUUUACUAUAGAAAAUUUUAAUUUGUAACCCUUAUUUAUUUAUUUCUUUAAGGCAUGAUGUGCAUGAUAAGUACCUUGGCCUUCCAACGGUGAUUGGAAGAUCGAAGAGGGUGCUUACUAAGGGUAUUAGAGAAAAGUUAUGGAAGAGACUUCAAGGGUGGAAGGUUUUUUUUUUUUUUUUUUUUUUUUUUUUUUUUUUUUUUUUUUUUUAUCUCUAAGGCGGGUCAAGAGGUUAGGCAGUGGCCAAAUCUAUCCCAACCUACGCGAUGAGUGUGUUUAAAUUCCCUUCUUCUUUUUGUAACGAAAUGAGAUCUUUGGUGGCGAACUUUUGGUGGGGUUAAAAAAAAGGGUGAGAGGAAAGUCCACUGGAUAGCAUGAAAAAAAAUUAUGUGAACCUAAGGCUAAGGGCGGUUUGGGAUUAUGUGAUUACAAAUAUUUUAAUGUAGCCUUUUUAGCUAAACAAGGUUUGAGAUUAUUGCAGAAUCAGGAUAGUUUAAUGGAAAAAAUUUUGAAAGCUCGAUAUUUUUCGAAUGGGGAUUAUUUAACUUUGGAGCUAGGAACUAGCCCAAGUUACACUUGGAGGGGAAUUUGGCGAGUGAAGUGGGUGUUGCAGCGUGGUCUCUGUUGGCGUGUUGGUGAUGGCUUGAACAUAUCAGUUUGGAAGGAUGCGUGGAUUCCGAGUACUCAAACUCGGAAGAUCAUUUCACCUCGAGGUGAGGCGCCAGAGAACCUACGUGUUUGUGAUUUAAUUCACGUUGCAGCAGCUCGUUGGAAUGCUUCUUUAAUUGACACACUUUUCUUGCUUUUUGAGAAGGAGCGUAUUCUAAGUAUCCCACUUAGCUUCCGUUAUUUAUGGCACUCUUAGGGUAGGUUUUAUUCAUAUUUUUAUGCUCGAUUUUAUUCUUUUAUGUCGUAUUUUUAGAGAAUAAUGCGUGAUUUGCGUGUUAGCGUGUAAGUGUAGAGAAAUGCAAGCUUUUAAUGGUUUUCAUAUUAUUGUAUUCAUUUCUCGGCUAUUUUUCUCGCUUCUCCGUUUAUUUGACUUGUUUUGUAGGUGUGUCGAGUUCCUCGGGGUUUAAUCAAGGAGGGAGCUCAACGCAUUCAAGGAAAUUAACGGAGCCAAGUUCGGGAAUUGAAGCCGAGCAUGCAAGUCAAGCCUAACCAAGCAAGUGUAGCCAAACACCGCAAGUACGAGCAUCAAGGCAGAAAAUAACACAAUAUUUCAAAACAGUUUCCUAACGGGUUUCUAAAGAUGAUGGACAUUGAAAAUUACAUUGAUUGUUAUUAAAAGCUAGAGCCAAACAUGUUAUGGAAUGUUAUUUAUUUUGGGGGCUAGCAUUAGUGUUAUGCCAUUGUCUGUGUGUUCCAAGCUAAAUAUGGGUAAAUUAAAAGCUACUAAUAUUACUCUACAAAUGGCCGACC